GGGGUGGGGGCUGGGGCGGGGUCUUCCUGGCUCAGUUUCUUUCUCUUGGUCGGCGUCCUCAGGCUCUCCCCCCGGCCCCCAUCUUCUGCUGAGGGGCUCAAGCCCCAGCCUUUUCCCCUUGGCCCCCACGCCUGGGUCGGAGAGGUGCUGCUGGGUCACCGGUCAGCUCCUGCAGCAGGGACCUCAGUGGGGGAGGGAAGGCCCCGGGGGCAGUGGCCUGUCCUGGGGGUCCACGCGCUGGGCAGGGGCUGCGGCCCACGGAGCAGCCCGCUCACUGGCCUCCCGCCCCGCAGACCACUUCCACAUGCAGUCCGAGUCUCUGAUCGGCCCCCUGAUGCAGAGCAUCUCGCACCAGCACUGGAAGGUCCGAGUGGCCGUCAUCGAGGCCACGGGCACCGUCAUCCAGUUUGGCAACGCGAAGUCGGUGGACGACGUGCUCCCUCACUUUGCUCAGCGGCUGUUCGAUGACGUCCCGCAGGUCCGGCAGGCGGUGACCCGCGUGGUGGGCGGCUGGCUGCUGGCGCUGCGGGACCGGUACUCCUUCUUCCACAAGCUCAUCCCCCUGCUGCUCAGCAGCCUCGACGACGAGAUGCCGCACAUCGUGCAGGAGGCCGCCAGCCUCUGGGAGGAGGCCGGGCUGCAGUGGCAGAAGGAGAACGAGGAGGACCUCAAGGACAAGCUGGACUUCGCCUCCCCCCCACCUGCCCAUCACCCCUCGCCAGAGACGCGCCCAGGGCUGGGCUGUCGGGAGCUCGUCUUCAGGAACCUCUCCAAGAUCCUCCCCGCCAUCUGCCACGACGUCACGGACUGGGUGGCGGGGACCAGGGUGAAGGCCGCGCGGCUGCUGGCGGUGCUGCUGCUGCACGCGGAGGACCACGCCACCCAGCACCUGGAGGUCCUGCUGCGGGCCCUGCUGCUGGCCUGCGCCGACGAGGAGGGCGCCGUGGUCAGCAGCUGUACCAGGUCCGCAGAGCUGGUCGGGACGUUCGUCAGCCCAGAAGUAUUUCUGAAGCUGCUCUGGCCGAUGCUGAAGAAGUCGCCCUCCGCCUCCGGCCUCCUGGUCCUCGCCGCAGUCAUCCGGGGCUGCCCGAGGGAAGCCCUGCGGCCGCACCUGAAGGCCAUCACCACGGAGCUGGCCGGGGCACACAUCCGUCAAGGCUCGGAGAACCUGCGCUACGGGGAGAACCUGCUGCAGUGCGUGCAGGCGGUGGUGUCCACGUGUGGAGAGGACUGCCGGGGGUGCGGCCUGCAGCUCAUGCAAGUGCUGGUGACCGUGAUGGCGCUCCCGGGGGCCCCGGGCCUCGGCAGCCAGGUUCAGGAGACAGAGGACGCGCUGGCCGCGGUGGAGAGCAGUGGCGACGGCCAGGACCUCUACCGCCAGCACGUGGGCCCCCUCCUGGAGUGGCUGGGCGGCUCCCAGCGGGGCUGGACGGCGCACUCCCCGGAGCUCCUGCAGUUCAGCGUGCUGGUCGCCCACGCAGGCCCUGCCCUCGGAGAAGCGCUGCCCACCCUGGUCCCCGUCCUCCGGAGCUGCCUGCAGCCUGACAGAGACCCCCAGAUGCGCCUGAGGCUCCUCUCCGUCCUGUCCCGGGCGCUGCUGAGCGCAAAGGAGACCGUGGACUCCCAAGGGCAGCUGCACCGCUACCUCGACACCGUGGUCACGGACAUCCUGGUCCCCAACCUGCAGUGGCGCGCGGGGAGGACGGCCGCCGCCAUCCGCACGGCCGCCGUGUCCUGCCUCUGGGCCCUCAUCAGCAGCGAGGUCCUGUCGGCCACACAGCAGGUGGAGGACGUGCGGGAGACGCUGCUGCCCCCGGUCCUGACCGCCCUGGAAGAAGAUUCCCAGAUGACCCGACUGACCUCCUGCCGAAUCGUUAGCGCGUUUUUAAAAUCCUCUGGUGGUGCGAGUGAGCCAGAUAAAUUCAUCAAGAUUUAUCCUGAACUCCUGAAGCGGCUGGACGAUGUUUCCACUGAAGUGAGGCUGGCAGCCGCCUCUGCCCUGGCCGUCUGGCUGGAGUGUGUCAGAAAUGACGGUGCCGAGGCCUGUUACCAGCGUGACGUCCAGCACCUGUACAAGGAGCUGCUGGUGUACCUGGACGACCCGGACAGCGCCGUGCAGGACGCCGUCUUGGAGGUGCUCCAGGCGGGCAGCGCCCUGUUCCCCGACCUCCUGGUACGAGAGACUGAGGCCGUGGUGCACAAGCACCGCUCCCCCACCCGCUGCGAGCGGCUGCUGCAGCACGUGCAGGCCCGGCCACCCGCCCUGUGACGGCUCCGGGCAGGGCCGUGGGUGCCACCGCCGCAGGUGGGCACCAGCACCAGCCCUCGUCCCCGCUGGCUGGGGUCAGCGGCCUGCACCCCACAGCAGGGCGCCUUUUUGUCCACAGCCUAGGACACGAACAAGAAGACUCUGACAGCAAGAAUGUAUUUUCCUAAGGAAAACCGCAGUGUUGUGGGACAAUGUUUCAAACCCGGCAAUUUCUGAAAUAAGGUUCUCUGAGUGGCUCUGUAUUUUUAUGUCCUGUUUAUAGUUCAUUGAAAGGUCAGCCAAAAGCCUACAGCUCAUUGGACAUUAAAUGUCCACUGCACACUGCAGGCAGGCCCGCGCUCGCUGGCCCUCUCUACGCUCCCUGCGCUGCUGGCUGAUUCCUGCUCCAUCUGCUUCAGUGCCACCGAGGACGGUCCUGACCAUUCAAAAAGCCAAAGGGAUUUAAAGUUUUCAUUCUUUCUUUGGCUUCUGUCUGUUGACAUUUCAGUGAACAGACUUAAAGGAAUUUGAAAUCUUAAGAACUGUUAGUGAAAUUUUUCCCAUUUAAAAUAUACUGGAACUUAAAACGUUUUAUGGACCAAUUCAGUCAGAAUCUUUUCUUAGGUCAGUGAUGCUAACAGUGUUGAAAACGGGAGAUUUAACCAGAUUCUCGUUGCUCUCAGUGGCAGGAAAGUACAUUUUGCUUUGUUCUCCAGCACUUUCUACACCCAAGUGCCUCAAAGAUUUCAUUUAAAGUGGUUAUUAUUUCCAUAAGCCAAAUGCUAUGUUUUCUAACAAUCAAAUGUUAACGUUUAUGCUUUGGUGUUUGACUUAAUUAAAAAUAUUUAUUAUAA